AUGCGUCAUGAGUGGGCAGGAGAUUGUGACCUGGGAGAUGGAAAGCUUCAAACUUUAUAUCAGGAAUACAUGGACAGAAAAACCUUCUAUGGUGGAUUAGGACUUAAGGAUCAAGAGUAAGAAUGAAAGAAGAUAUGGCGCUUGUGAUUUCUGGUUUGGAUAACGAUUUAAGGUUUCUGGUUGGUGGAGAAAAGCUGCAAAAGACAAGUAUGCAGCUAAACAACGUCAGUCAAAUGCUUCUGAAGAUGGCAUGUUUGCAUUGGCUUGGGAGUGUGAAUGCUUCCAGACUCUCAUUAACAUUAACAAAGACCUAA